CAAUAAAGUUCCUCUUUUCAAAGCAGCCAAGAUGGCGGAUUACGAUCUCACCACCAAGAUAGCACAUUUUCUCGACCGGCAUUUGGUUUUUCCCCUUCUGGAAUUCCUUUCCGUGAAAGAGAUCUACAAUGAAAAGGAGCUUCUCCAAGGCAAGCUGGACCUUCUCAGCGACACCAACAUGGUGGAUUUUGCCAUGGACGUGUACAAGAACCUUUAUCCCGACAAGGAGAUCCCGCAUUCCUUGAGGGAGAAGAGAGGCACUGUGGUGGCUCAGCUCAAGCAGCUCCAGUCAGAGACGGAGCCCAUUGUCAAGAUGUUUGAGGACCCCGAGACAACGAGGCAGAUGCAGUCCACCAGAGACGGGAGGAUGCUCUUCGACUAUCUUUCAGAGAAACACAAUUUCCGCCAAGAGUACCUGGACACUCUGUACAGAUACGCCAAGUUCCAGUAUGAGUGUGGAAACUACUCUGGUGCAGCCGAGUACCUCUACUUUUUCCGUGUGCUGGUUCCGUCAACCGACAGGAACGCUCUGAGUUCUCUUUGGGGUAAGCUGGCAUCUGAGAUCUUGAUGCAGAACUGGGAGGCCGCCAUGGAGGACCUGACACGACUCAGGGAGACCAUUGACAACAAUUCGGUGAGCUCUCCUCUCCAGUCGCUCCAGCAGAGGACCUGGCUCAUCCACUGGUCCCUCUUUGUGUUUUUCAACCACCCCAAAGGCCGGGACAACAUUAUCGAGCUCUUCCUCUACCAGCCUCAGUACUUAAACGCCAUCCAGACCAUGUGCCCGCAUAUCCUGCGCUACCUGACCACCGCCGUCAUCACCAACAAGGACGUGCGCAAGCGCAGACAAGUUCUCAAGGACUUGGUGAAGGUUAUCCAGCAGGAGUCGUACACGUACAAAGACCCCAUCACGGAGUUUGUGGAGUGCCUUUACGUCAACUUUGACUUUGACAGCGCCCAGAAGAAGCUGAGGGAGUGCGAGUCGGUUCUCGUCAAUGACUUCUUCCUGGUGGCGUGUCUGGAGGACUUCAUUGAGAAUGCUCGCCUCUUCAUCUUCGAGACCUUCUGCCGCAUCCAUCAGUGCAUCAGCAUCAACAUGCUGGCCGACAAGCUGAACAUGACGCCCGAGGAGGCGGAGAGGUGGAUCGUCAAUCUGAUCCGCAAUGCCCGGUUGGAUGCCAAGAUCGACUCCAAGCUGGGUCACGUGGUGAUGGGCAACAAUGCCGUGUCGCCCUACCAGCAGGUCAUCGAGAAGACCAAGAGCUUGUCCUUCCGCAGCCAAAUGCUGGCCAUGAACAUCGAGAAGAAGGUGGCUCACAGCAACAGGAAUGAGACGCCAAACUGGGCCGCUCAAGACUCUGGAUUCUACUAAAAAAGGAAAAACAAAAAAAUC